GUUCAGUUAAACUUUCAGCCUCAGCCUCACUGCCCUCAGCCUCAGGUCUUCUUCAGCCUUCAGGUGCAUUUCGUGGCGACGGAGGAGGGGCUGGACAUGAGCUUGUUUUCUCCAACUUUUGCAUAGUUAAAGUCUUGUUAGUAAUGGCGUCUGCGACCACUUCACUGUAGGCGGAAUCCGCAGUGCUACUGCUAGCCAUUGCCCGCCGUUUCGAUCAAUGGCCCCGUUGAUGCGCCGCUCGAGGCGCAGCGCCUGGCCCCUCUCCACUCUAGUUCUCUCCGCCUGCAUCGCUCUCUUCCUUCUCUGCCAAGUCCUCCUUGCAUACCAAUUCUUAUGGCGGUCCGCAAACUCUGUCACUAAUCCCGAUUCAAAUCAAAAGCUCUCCCUGGGGUUCAUCAGCCUGGGAGACAGCGUCCCUGCACUUAGCAUCAUCAUAAGCGUCAUUGGCGCCAGCGAACGAGAGUACUCCAAGGGUUUCGACGCAUUAAGAGCCGUUUUCAACAAGGCAAAAGGUUUUCUAGAGGGGGUGGAAGUCGUGAUUGUUCACGCCGGAGUGGUAACCGCCCCAAGGCUGACCAACUUUGGGGAUGGGAAACCCAAUUGGAGCGUGCAAUACGUGCUGCUGCCACGGGAGCCCUCUCACCCAGCUGCCUGGAACCUGGCCAUACGGCACUACGCCCGGGGGGCUUUCUUAACCAAGCUGGACUUUGCUGGGUUUGUGAGGGGGGAGGUCACGCAGAUUACGCUGCAAAUGCUGGAGAAGAAGGUGCAGCUCUUGCAGUCGCUGCCGCUUGCGCAGGUGGCUUUUGCAAAGUUUGGGAAGGGAGGAGGAAGUGCGAUCAAGUCGUCGGACUUCUUCUCGUUUGAUGAGACGAAGAAGCCAAUCGCUGGGUUAAGUCUUGAGCUAGAUCGGAGCCCUGUUUGGCGGCAGAGUCUGCACGAGGCGGUUGGUUACUUUGACACAGGGUUAGCGUCCGCCGCAGAGUGGGCGUUCUGGCUCAAAGCACUCCAGCAUGGACUGCAGGCGGUCCGCUUGACUGACGACCCGCUAGGGCUGAUGACUGCAGCAGAGCCCAGUGAAAGUGAGGAGCUAGCAGUGGUUUCAAAGUAUUUGUUCGGCGGGCUGGUUAACCUGACUGCGGGCGUGACCCAAAAAGCGGAGGCCUCAACCCAAAAAGCAGACGGGUUGAGGAUUCUGGUGAUCCACGAGCACGUCCCAUUUCGCAACGAAGGGGGGGAGAAGCGGCUAAUGCAAGUGGUGCACUCGCUAAUAGGAAGUGGCCACAAGGUAUGGUACCUCUACAGGGGGUGGGGCGCCAAGCCAGCGCACAGGGCAAAGCUAGAAUCUCUAGGCGUUCAGCUGAUACCGGACUCGCAUCUCACGGAUCCACGCUCUGAGAUUCGGACCCUUCAGAAGCCAGCUGUGUACUUCGAAACCCACGACUUCGACGCCGCGGUCAUGACGGCGUGGUUUUACAAGCAGAACGAGACCGCAGGUUCACUGGCCCUGUCCAUCCCGGAGGUGUACUCCCCGCUUAUGAGGACAUAUAACCCACGGAGCUGCGUUGCGGUCCUUACUGACGACGUCCAUUGGAGCCGGAAUCUUGAUUCCGUUUGGUGCCAUAAAGACGAGGGGCCCGAGUGUUUUAGGAAGCUCAAGGACCGUGAGCAAGCAGUCUAUCUAGACGCGGACGUUUUGUUCACCGUCUCGGAGUCCGACAGCCGAUUUCUCGAGGCGUGGCUCCCCCCCCUCGACCCCCGCCCCCAGUUCCUCCCCUUCGUCGGGACACUUAACCGCGAUAACCGUGCUUCUAACCCACUCUCGCAAAGGGAGAUCAUCACUUUCGUGGGCUCUAACCACCCCAUCAACGAGGCGGGUUUGAGGUGGUUCUUUGACGAGGUCUUUCCAGUUCUGCAAAAUCUGCUAAGGCCUCUGCCGGAUGUAUACUUGAUCGGAGAGGGGUGGAAGGAUAGCCCGCUGUCGAACCCUCUGGGGGUGUGGGCGCCGGGGCUGCUCAAGAGCGACUCUGAACUGGACAAGUACCUGCAGAGGACGCGCGUCUUCAUUUCGCCGAUGGUGAAGGGAACUGGCGUCGCAACCAAGAACGUCCUGGCCAUGGAGAACGGGAUCCCCCUGGUCACGACCACGUGGGGCAAGAGGGGGCUCCUGGUGCGGGAGAACGAGCCCCCCUUUCUGAUUGCGGACCACCCGGCCGACUUCGCCGGGCACAUCAUCCGGCUGUUUUCAGACGAUCACUUAUGGCACGAGAUGUCAGACGCCGGCUUAUGGCAUGUGCGCCACGUGCUGAACCCGGGCCUACAGGGUGCGGUGUUGGAGGGGCAGCUGCGCGAGUGCGUCGCCCGGAAGCGGGGGUGACGUCAGCGGUGGGAAGGUUGACGUUCGCGGAACGGGGUCGUCGUCCCCUGGAAGGAAGGAAAGCCGGCGGGGAAUGGGUAAUGUCAGUAGAAAGAAGGUUGGCGCGAGCUGAGGAAGACGUGCCCCAACGAGGGGCGGAGAGAAGCUUCGGUUGAGAAAGGUGCCAGCGUUCCAGCUCUGGUUGCGCGUCAGCCGACGGCUUGGGCGAACGCGCUCUGGUGGCAGGACUCGAGACAGCUCGCCAAGACUUGUCGUCACGGACAGCGCCACAACAGCAUGCGGAGAAGGGCAAGAACCCAGUCACCCGCCGGUGCCAAGCUCCGAGUUAACGAGCGCGUCACUCGAAUGAUCUUCGAGGGUUUUCUUACGAUGUGAUGCAUUUCAAAAGACAUACUUACCUUCGGAACGAAACAUUGAAGUUGCACGAUGUGGCGCCACUUGUGGUCAGGGUGAGUUAGAGUUUGAAAUCAACCCACACUUAACUCACAAAGUAAAGCGACGUGUGACUCGCUCAAUCAAAGAACGACGCUUGACGAGUUACUGACGAAUCCCGAGCAGCUCAGAGAUCAAGCAGGAACGAAUUUGACUCGGAGUCGGUAUGCGCUUUACAGUCCAUCAGUUGUCGACGAAUCAUAUGUGAAAGUGGCAACAAUAAGAGCAGACUUCACGGCCAAU